AUGGCCACCACUAUCUCGCACGAUCUUGCCUGGGAGGUUACCAAGGGACGCAGCUCCACGCUCGUCAAGAGGGCGAACGGUAUCCAGUUCUCGCGCGAUCCUCUUAACCUGAGGAACGUCUACAGCCGCAAGAACGAGGGCUCCAUUGCCAACAAGGCUAUCGGUGUUAUCCCCGGCCCCGAGGGUGGUGUCACUCUUCUCAUCAAGAAGGCCGACAAGCACCACCAGCCCGCAUCUGCCAUCCAGACCACCACCUUCGGCCCCAGCAGGUCCACCCGCAAGACAUACUCCGCCAUCGUCAACUCCACCACCAAGCGCAACUACCGCCCCGACCUCCGCCAGGACGCCGUCGCUAAGGCCUCCGCCAUCCGCAAGAGCCAGAAGCCCGUCAAGGAGUCCAAGCCCACCAAGGCCAGGGGCGCCAAGGCUCAGGCCGCUGCCACCGAGGCAUAG